UUCAUAUUUUCCUUCUAAGUCGGAUUCACCUUCAUAGAUGGAAUCCUCAGCUACUCAUCCUCCUUCUUUCUCUUCGAUCGAUCGGGUCAACUUCCGAAGUCGUGUUCUCGCCGGCCAUUUCCGUACUCCUCGUCAUGAUCAGACUAACUUACUUGAGACUUCUGCAUGUCUCAAUUACUCGCCGCCGGAGCUCUCUGAACGGAUCGAUUUCGACACCUCAGAGUUUCGUAAGCUUAUGGACGGCCACAACCUGCAGGAUCGAGACUGGCUGUUUGGGCUGAUGAUGCAAAGCAACCUUUACUGCCCUAGAGAGAGAGGGGGUCGGGUUUUUGUGUCGCCGGAUUAUAAUCAAACAAUGGAACAGCAGAGAGAGUCGACGAUGAAGCGAAUUGAUUAUUUGCGUGAGAAAGGUGUUUUUGAGGGCUGGCUCACUGGGAAAGGUCCCGAGUCUGAGCUUCGAAAACUUGCUCUGUUGGAGGUCAUGUCGAUUUACGAUCAUUCCUUAGCUAUCAAGGUUGGCGUGCAUUUCUUUCUAUGGGGUGGUGCAGUUCAGUUUUUUGGGACAAAACCACAUCAUGACAAGUGGUUGAGGGACACUGAGAAAUAUUUGCUGAAGGGAUGCUUUGCUAUGACAGAAUUAGGGCAUGGAAGUAAUGUUCGAGGUAUAGAAACAGUUGCGACUUAUGACUCAAAAGCCAAUGAGUUUGUGAUCAACACUCCAUGUGAAUUAGCUCAAAAAUACUGGAUUGGCGGGGCUUACAGGUAAUUAAAAUCUAUCUAUUUUUACUUCUACAUAA